GAAAUAUUUAUCAUGGUCAAUCACGUGGCUCUCAGCAGCGCCAUUGGUCUUUUCGGGAUCGGGGCGAACAUUUUCAACAUGUGCGUGUUCCUGAAGCAGGGCCUCACCAACUCCAUGAACAUCAGCUUUUUCGCCAUCGCCAUCUCCGACCUCUGCGCGAUGCUCAACCCCUACAUCGACCGGGUCGACUCCCCGCUUGAGUUCGACGAGAUGCAGUACCUGACGGCCGGUUGGCCUAACGGCACGGCGGCUCGCAUCACCUGCUGGGUCACCGCCUACAUCACCGACGAGCGGUGCCUGUCCAUCGCCUUGUCGCUGAAAGUAAAGCGCCUCGUCACGACUCCGCGAACAUCGUUCAUCAUUUUCCUCAUCUACCUCAUCAACAUCUUAUCCCUCGUCCCGGAAUACGCCAGCGUCUACUUCGGGUGGAAUUUUUACCCGAGCCGGAACAGAAGUUUGCUCGGAUUGGCUUGGCUUUCAGAAGUAACAGAUCGGCAACUGAAGGCUUGGUCUUUAAUUUCCACGCUUCCCUGGCUAUUUUAGCGUUCGCGGCAGUCGUCACGUUUACCAGCGUUCUCGUGUAUAAUCUCAAACGCAAAGCUAAAUGGCGGAAGAGCACGACGUUCGGUAAAGAGCAGCACGAGACGAGGACGCUGAGGGACAAAUAGACGACGGUUGCCAUGGUGACGCUGGUGGCCACAGUGCUCAUCCUUUGCUACACGCCGACCGUGACCUUCUCUGUCGUGUCGUCCCUCGUGCCGGACUUUAGCGUCGUCGGCAAACAGGUAAACAUAUUUCACACCUGCUGGUCGUUUGUGUUCCUCCUGUACACGUUCAACGCCAGCGUGAAUAUCUUCCUGUACUACAAGAUGAGCUCGAGG